CCCACUAAGUUUAGUUUUCCGACAGCAGAAUGUCAAUCAGGUUUGGUUACAACGUGCUCGUAUUUAUUUCCGUUCUCUCCCUCGAUUCCUUUGCCGCGUUAUAUGAAGGAGACAAAUGUUCUUUGCAAGAUGGCAGCGAAGGCAAGUGCAAGCUUCUAAAGGAAUGUCCGACUGCUAUGCAACUGAUACAGACAGGGGUUAAUCCGAUCAUUUGUAGAUUUGAGAAACUUGAAGCUAUUGUGUGUUGCAAAGAUGGUGAAGAGGUGAUGAAUACGACUAGUACCACCACUAUAACUGAUAGAAUUAGCAGUAACAGAAAACCAGGAAAAAUAAGCAAGCAAAAAUGCGAAGAAUACGCAGAGUAUGCCUACGAAAAGAUCUAUUCUCCCACGCUAUUGCUAAAACCGCAAUUUACAAAAAAAUUUGUGUGUGUAAUUCAGAGAUUUAAAUUGGAUGUGGGAAAUACUUUAGUAUCGAGAGCGGAAUUUCCUCAUAUGGCUCUUAUUGGUUAUCAACAAAACGACAGUGUUGUUUGGAAAUGUGGAGGUUCACUUAUAAGUGAAAACUUUGUUCUCACCGCUGCACAUUGCAUGUUUCCACAAGCACUGGGCCGUCCGAAGUAUGUAAAGGUUGGUUUCAGAAAUGAAUCAGAAUUCACUGAUAUGCAAGAACUAACAGUUAGUGAAGUAAUCCCGCAUCCCAAAUACAAUAACACCUUAUACCACGACAUAGGUCUUUUGAGACUCUCAAAAAACGUACAAUUUAACGCUUACUUAAGACCGGCGUGCCUUAAUAGAUACAGAUUCUCCCCCUUUGGUUUAUCCGUAGCCUCUGGAUGGGGUACUGUCUCAUUUGAGAGAGAGCCAAGCAAAGAUUUAUUGGCAACAGUGUUGGAACCCUUCAGUAGAGAGGAUUGUAACCAGAUUUAUACAGAGCAUAUUUCAUCUACAUUGAAAGAUGGAAUCGUCGACGAUUUAAUGAUUUGCGCCGGGACAACAAAAGCAGUAAGGACUACAUGUCAGUUAGACUUUGGAGGCUUUCUUCAGGUAUAUCACGAGGAAUUUGAUGAUGGAAUCAAAUGUAUGUACGACGUCGUAGGCAUACCUGCCUUUACAGACAGAUGUUCUUCGAAAAUCAUCCUUGAGGUGCACACCAGAGUAUCGAAUUAUAUCAAAUGGAUAGAAGACAUCGUUUGGCCGGACGAAUUUCCUGGGCACAUCAUGUCUAUCCGGUUUGAUUACAGUGUGCUUUUAUUUGUUCUUAUUCUGUCACGUGGUUUCUCUGCUGAUUUAUAUAAAGGAGACAAAUGCCUUUUAAAGGAUGGAAGCGACGGAAUUUGUAAGCUUAUAAAGGAAUGUCCUACCGCUGUGCAACUAAUAGAAAAAGGAGUUAAUCCUGCAAUAUGUGGUUUCGAAGCAGCUGAACCUAUUGUGUGUUGCGAAGAUGAUGUGACGGAAACAACUAGUACCACUAGAACGCCUAAUCCAGUUACCAGUAGAACACCAGGAGAUAUAAGCAAGAAAAAAUGCAAAGAAUUCGCAGAGUAUGCCUACGAAAAGAUCUAUUCUCCCACAUUGUUGCUUAAACCGCAAUUUACAAAAAAUCUUGUGUGCGAAAUUCACAGGAGCAAACUGCUUGCGGGAAGUACCACAGCAUCAAGGAGGGAAUUUCCUCAUAUGGCCCUUAUUGGAUAUAAACCUGUCGACGAAGUUAUUUGGGAUUGUGGGGGCUCUCUUAUAAGCGAAAACUUUGUACUCACAGCAGCCCAAUGCCUGGUUACACGUUCGGACGGUCCUGCUAAGCUGGUAAGAAUUGGUUUCACAAAUAAGACAGAUCCCACGCAUAUGCAAGAACGAACAGUGAGUGAAAUCAUCGCAUAUCCCAAACGCAACAACACCAAAUACCACGACAUCGGCCUAUUGAAACUAUCGAAAAACGUAAAGUUUAACACUUACGCACGACCGGCGUGCCUUCACACAGAAAAAUAUAUCCCUUACGACUACGCCAUAAUGUCAGGUUGGGGGGCCGUUGGCUUUGGGGAAGAACAAAGCAACGAGUUGUUGGAAACAGAGGUGGAAUUUUUCGGUGCAGAUAAAUGUAGUAGCACGUAUAGUCGGGACAUCUCAUCUGCCAGUGGACUGAAGGAUGGAAUCGUCGACGAUUUGAUGAUUUGUGCCGGGAGAACAAAAGCUGUAAAGACUAUCUGUUGGGGCGACUUUGGAGGUCCUCUCCAAGUAUACCACAAGGAAACUGAAGAAGUAAAAUGUAUGUAUGAUAUUGUCGGAGUGAUUUCCUUUACAAAAGGCUGCGGUUUCAAAGAUAUACCAGGAGUAUACACUAGAGUAUCGGCUUACGUAGAAUGGAUAGAAGAUACCGUUUGGGCGAAUUAAACACUUUUUUUAUAUGUGAU